AUGAAAAUCCUAGUCUCUGUUUUAUCAUUCUUAUCUGUGGAUGGUGAUCCGAAUAAAGGAAUUUCAGAAGAAAGAUGCAAGUCGAUUUUGCAGUAUAUGCCCUAUAGUGAUGGUGCUAAUGAUCAUCUUCCUGAAGAGUAUGCUCCUCAUCUUGCAAGGCUUCUCAAUAAGUACAGUGACAUUCAAGCCACACAGCAACGUAUUCGAGAGCUUGAACUUCAAGGGUUCAGAGGAAAGGUCCUCAGCGCGUUAGGCUCAUCACUUAAUCUCCCUAUCUCUCCUCCCAAAACAUUUCGUCCUUUCCAAACAGCGGUUUUCUCUAGAAGCUUUUCUGCUGAGGUUCGAGAACGUCCUAGGGUUUUAGUUCCCUUUGCGAGAAGCCUUGGCGGCUGCGCUUUGAAGAACAAUGAAUUACCUUCAGAUUUGACAAAGCGUGGAGGAAGAUCAUUGUAUAAGUAUUGGAGGCAACGAGCAAUACAAAGCGAGAAUGAAAAUGAGGCUCAAAUUUCUCACGAGGACUUGUACAAGGUCAUGAAAAUCCUCGUCUCUAUUUUGUCAUUCGUAUCUGUUGAUGGUGAUCCAAGUAAAGGAAUUUCAGAAGAAAGAUGCGAGUCAAUUUUGCAGUAUAUACCCUAUAAUGAUGAGGGUGCUCAUCUUCCUGAAGAUUGUGCUCCUCAUCUUGCAAGGCUUCUCAAUCGAUACAAUGACAUUCGAGCCACACAGCAACGUUUUCGAGAGCUUGAAUUUCAAGAGCCUCUUGGUUUAAGAGGAAAUCUCCUCAGCUUGAUUAGGCCGUGCUGGUGUUACUUCAAAUCCGUAGCUGCUUUUUCUGCCCGGGGUCUUCUCUACUUUCUGCUCUUUGCUGCCUUUGUGAUCUAUCGUUGUGCUACAAGACCAGUGUCGUCGGAACCCGAAUUUUGCUUUGGUCUAGGUAUUCUUACAGCUCUAUUAGUGUAUGGAGUUUCUAGCCUAAAAUUGAAAGAAAAGGUAUCACUUGCUGCUCGUCAAAACCAACUUUACAGAACCAAAUACUUCACCCAAAUCCUUGAUCAUUUCAAUUACUAUCCCAAAAGCUAUGACACUUUCCAGCAGAGGUAUUUGAUAAAUGAUACGUUCUGGGGAGGCGCCAAAAGCAAUGCUCCAAUCUUUGUCUACACUGGUAAUGAAGGGAUCAUAGAAUGGUUUGCGCAGAACACUGGUUUUCUGUAUGAGACAGCUCCCCAUUUUAAAGCCCUCAUCAUUUUCAUCGAGCAUAGGUUCUAUGGAAAGUCUAUACCUUUUGGGGGCAAGAAAGAUGUGGCUUAUAGCAAUGCAACUACACUUGGAUAUCUAAGCUCCACACAAGCCUUGGCAGAUUAUGCUUCCUUAAUUAUUGAUUUGAAAAAGAACUUGACAGCAACGGACUCACCCGUAGUGGUCUUUGGAGGUUCCUAUGGAGGAAUGCUAGCAGCAUGGUUUAGGUUGAAGUAUCCCCAUGUAACAAUCGGAGCUUUGGCAUCAUCUUCUCCAAUCCUCAAUUUUGAGAAUAUUACAUCUCCGUAUAGCUUCAACAAUAUAGUGACCAAAGACUUUCGGAGUGAGAGUUGUUACAAAGUGAUCAAAGGCUCGUGGCAACAGAUCGAAGAGACCGCAAACCAACCUGGAGGGAUUGAGUUACUCCGGAAAUCGUUCAGAAUAUGCAAGAAUCAUUUUACCGGGUAUGAUCUUGAAGGUUGGCUUGAAACCGCUUACAUUUACACAGCAAUGACAGAUUAUCCUACUCCCUCAAAUUUCUUAAGUCCCAUGCCAGCAUAUCCAGUGAAACAGAUGUGUAAGGCAAUAGAUGAUCCAGCGACAGGAAAUGAUACAUUUGCUAAGUUAUUUGGUGCAGCUACUGUAUACUAUAAUUACACUGGAACCGCUACAUGUUUCGAUCCUAAUGAUAACUCAGAUCCUCACGACCUUGGAGGAUGGCAAUGGCAGGCGUGUACAGAGAUGAUAAUGCCAACAAGUGGUAACAAUGAAGAGAGCAUGUUCCCGCCUUCUGAGUGGCGAUACCAAGGUCGAGUCUCUUAUUGCGAAGGGGCUUAUGGCGUCGAACCUAGGCCUAAUUGGAUCACCACCGAGUUUGGCGGCCAUGAUAUCAAAAGGGUUUUGAGAAGAUAUGGGAGCAACAUUAUCUUCUUUAAUGGUUUAAGAGACCCUUGGAGUGGUGGAGGGGUGCUGAGCAAUAUUUCCGAGAGCAUAGUAGCAAUUGUUGCAAAAGAAGGUGCUCACCAUGUAGAUUUGAGGUUCAAAACUAGUGAAGAUCCAGAAUGGCUUAAAGAUGUGAGGAAGCAAGAAAUCGGGAUCAUUGCAAAAUGGAUCUCAGAAUAUUAUCAUGACCUUGCUCUUGAUCUACUAUCUUAA